ACACUCUUUUUUGGAAUUAGCAUUCCUUUGCCUUUACUGAAACAGAAAGAAACAUGAACUGCCUUAUGUUCUAACUUGAUUUGAUAGGCAAGGCUGAAGACUAACAAGUUAGAAAACCGGCAUCUGCCUUUGAUGUUAUGGCUUCCUAUUUAGCACUAAGAGAAAUCUCAUCCUUUCCCCUAUUCUGACCAUGUAUUGCCAUUCAAUUCAUCUUACUCCUCUGCGGACAAAAGUUAGUGUGACUCUUGAGGCUUUGGGGUUUAUCCGGGUACAUUUUUUAAAAAGCAAAGUUUAGUUUUCUAUUAUGGCUUCAUUUAGGUGAGAGUUUUCUCGGGUUUUUUUGGUUUCUUUUUCUUUUUUUUUAGCUGAACUUAGAGUCUAAAGGGAAUACUGGAAAUACUGAAUGCUGGAUUUGGGCCUUUACUGGAAUAAAGUUGCUCCAAUUAUACCAGGUUCACUGUUACAUCUCACCAUAUUCCUGGAAAGCAUUUAAGGUGACAGGGCCUCUGUUAUGCACCUAAAGCCAUAUUGGAAGCUCCAGAAGAAAGAGCACCCCCUGGAAGUCAGCAGGGAAACGCAGAAAACUCCUAUGAGCCACCAAAAGGCUGUCACCGAUGAAACAUGCAAACCUAGCCACAUAACACCAAGUGUCUUUCCUUCAGCCUCUCUUGGUAAAACAUCGUCUCGAAAGCCUUUUGGGAAUCUUUCUCCAAAUGUUCUGUGCAGUAUGAGUGGGAAGAGUCCUGUAGAGAGCAGCUUGAAUGUUAAAACGAAAAAGAAUGCACCAUCUGCAACCAUCCACCAGGGUGAAGAAGAAGGACCUCUUGAUAUCUGGGCUGUUGUGAAACCUGGAAAUACAAAGGAAAAAAUUGCAUUCUUUGCAGCUCACCAGUGUAAUAACAGGAUAGGAUCUAUGAAAAUAAAAAGUUCCUGGGAUAUUGAUGGGAGAGCUACUAAGAGAAGGAAAAAAUCAGGGGAUCUUAAAAAAGCAAAGGUCCAGGUAGAAAGGAUGAGGGAAGUUAACAGCAGGUGCUACCAACCUGAGCCUUUUGCUUGUGGCAUUGAGCACUGUUCUGUGCAUUAUGUGAGUGACAGUGGUGAUGGAGUCUAUGCCGGGAGGCCUCUGUCGGUUAUACAGAUGGUUGCCUUCUUGGAGCAAAGAGCCAGUGCUUUGCUAGCUAGUUGUAAAAGAAACUUCACAAACUCACCUGCUAUUGUGAGGUUUACUGGCCAGUCCAGAGGUGUGCUCGCAGCCUCCGAGUCCUUUUCUGCCCCAGGAGCUUGUGAAGAACCCACAGAAAGGGGAAAUCCUGAGGCUGGUGAACCACAAAGCGAACCAGUCCGUGUCCUCGACAUGGUGGCCAAGUUGGAAUCUGAGUGCCUGAAGCGGCAGGGCCAGCGUGAGCCUGGGAGCCUCUCAAGGAAUAACAGCUUCCGUCGAAAUGUGGGCAGAGUAUUGCUUGCAAAUAGCACUCAGGCUGAUGAAGGCAAAACAAAGAAAGGCGCCUUGGAGGUUCCCGACACUCAGGUGAAUUCCAUGGGGUCUGUAUCUGUGGAUUGUGGCCCCUCAAGAGCUGAUCAUUAUUCUCCUAAAGAAGACCAGGCCUGGGAUGGUGCUUCUCAGGACUGCCCCUCAUUGCCAGCAGGUGUGAGUUUCCACAUAGACAGUGCAGAGUUGGAGCUGGGUUCGCAAACUGCCAUGAAAAACGGCAACAGGUAUGCUGUGGAAAUGACAGGUGAACUUGUUGGGUUAGCUUUUUCUUCUCAUACCUAUUCCCAAGCCUCUGAAUUGCCCACAGAUGCUGUUGAUUGUAUGAGCAGAGAGCUUGUGUCACUUACUAGCCAAAAUCCUGAUCAAAGAAGAAAAGAAUCUUUGUGCAUUAGUAUCACUGUGUCCAAGGUAGAGAAAGACCAGCCUUCCAGUUUAAACUCCUGUGAAGACCCACUUCCAGGGAUGUUGUUUUUUUUGCCACCUGGUCAGCACUCAUCAGACUGUUCCCUGUUGAAUGAAAGCACAAGAAAAGAGGCUUCAGAGGCCAGCCAGCUUGAAGAUGCUGCUGAGGGUGACAGUGCAUCUGAGGAAAAAAGUGGGUCAGCUGAGCCAUUUGUAUCACCAGCCUCUUCUGUGGAAAGUACAUUACCAGUGCUUGAGGCAUCCAGUAAGAAGCAGGUGUCUCAUGACUUCCUGGAGACCAGGUUUAAAAUCCAGCAGCUUUUGGAGCCUCAGCAGUACAUGGCUUUUCUGCCCCACCACAUUAUGGUAAAAAUCUUCAGGUUACUUCCCACCAAGAGUUUAGUGGCCCUUAAAUGUACCUGCUGCUAUUUCAAGUUUAUCAUUGAGUACUACAAUAUCAGGCCAGCAGAUUCUCGCUGGGUUCGAGAUCCACGCUAUAGAGAGGAUCCUUGCAAGCAGUGCAAGAAAAAGUAUGUGAAAGGGGAUGUGUCUCUGUGCCGAUGGCAUCCCAAGCCCUAUUGCCAGGCAUUGCCCUAUGGACCAGGGUAUUGGAUGUGCUGCCACCGGUCUCAGAAAGGAUUCCCCGGCUGUAAGCUGGGGCUUCAUGACAAUCACUGGGUUCCUGCCUGCCACAGCUUUAAUCGGGCAAUCCAUAAGAAAGCAAAAGGGACUGAAGCUGAAGAGGAAUACUAAAGUCCAUGUGAGAGGCAACAAAAGGACCGAUUUUUAAAACUGCAAAACACCUAGAUAAACCGUUCAAAUGAGCGUUGUCCCUGAGUCAUCACUCUAGAAGAAUCUGUACUUCAUCAGGACCGCCAUUGCUCAGGCAUUUUUUAAACUCUAAAUUUACGAGUCAUACAAGAAAAUUGGUCUCGUUGUUCAUAGUGGCAUCUCACAUUUGAACCCGGGUCGUAUCCCGCAGUUUGAUUCAGUUGGCUGUGAAUAACUCUGCCUGUUUUCCUAAAUCAAACCCAUCCUCAAAGGAUGAAGACUUGACACCAUCCAGGACAUUCAGAAGAGUUCACUGCAGACACUGCAGGUAGUCCUCAAAAAGGGGUUCCAGAAAUGUUUUGAGCACUUGCACCAUAUUUGAAAUAAGUGGAUAGUGUCCUAUGAAAAGAACAGUAGGACUCUUGGAUGAAAAGGAUUCUUAAAAAGGAAAAGUCAGGCACCUUACCUUGGACCUUGUAUGCUUGAUCCUGUGAGACUGAUGUUUGUGGCUGCAGAUGGAUUUCAUGCCCUGUGGUGUUUACAGUGUAUAUAAUGGUUGUGUUUUCAUAGGGCUAUGAAAGUGCACAUUAAACCUGAGCGCCUUUACCUUGAGAUGAGUGCUUUGGCCCCUCUGUAAAUAGCACGAUUAAAAUCCAGUUGCAUAUAAUGGACAGCGAACUGAACAACAUAAUCACCACAAUGCAGCUAGGAUAGUGUUGCGGCUAUAAUUGUGUGUGUGUUUUUUUAAUUGUUUAGUCUUAAAUUUGUACAUCCUGUAUAAAAUAUGAAUGUUUCCCAAAUAAACUAUGAAUGUUUCCUGUAUAAUAUAUGAAUGUUUCUGAGAAGAAACUCUAAAUAGUUAAAAGGCUAACCUGCUCAAAGGAUACCAAAUAAUGGUUUAACUGGACAACCUGAAAAUUAGCAUAGAAAACAAUCCUUUGUUAUAUUUUAGUGAUCCACAAGAUUGAGAGAAUAUUAUAUAGUUAGAUCAUAACAUUCUUGUCUAUCCUUUCUGUCUGGUUACAAAUUUUUUUAAAACUUCAAUAAAAGUAUGCAUCUUAAAUGGGA